AUGGUUAAGGUCGGAGACUCAAUCCCAACUAUCGAACUCACUGAGGGCAACCCAGGCCAAAAGGUUAACAUCGCUGCCGAAAUUGGUUCGGGUUCCGGUAUCAUCAUCGGUGUUCCAGCAGCUUUCAGUCCAACAUGCUCUGAUUCCCACGUUCCCGGUUACAUUCUCCACCCAAAGCUUGAGUCUGCAGGAAAGGUGUUUGUAGUAUCCGUCAAUGAUGCUUUCGUCAUGAACGCAUGGGGUAAAUCUCUCGACGCAGAUAAGAAGAGUGGUAUUCGUUUCCUCGGUGACCAAGAUGGUAGCUUCACUCGUGCUUGGGACCUCGAAUUCCCAGCUGCACCAUUCUUGGGCACAAACAGAAGCAAGAGAUAUGCAAUUGUCAUUGAGGGUGGUAAGGUUAAGAGUGUAAACGUUGAGCCAGAUAACGUUGGUCACACUGUUUCCGGUGCCGAUCAAGUUCUUGGAGAAGACAUCUUGAAGCAUCGUGAAGGGAAACUUUAA